AUGGUAGAUAGGAAAAGAGCACUAAAAAUAGAAGAAGAUGACGAAGAAGACGAUUUACCAUUAAAUAAACAAUCAAAAAUUGAAUCAAAAGAGAAAUCACCCAAACUUAAAGAAGAACUGGAAGAUGAAGAUGAGGAUAAUAAGGAAGCAAAAGAUGAAGAAGAUAAAGAAGAUGAAAGUGAAGAAGAAAAUGUGGUAGAAGAGACAAAAAAUGGAGAUUCAAAAGUUAAAAAUGUAAGUGUUGUACCAGAGGAAGAAAAUAAUGAAGAAGAUAAUGAUAAUGAAGACGAAGAUGAAGAAGAAGAGGAAGAUGAUGAUGAAGAUGAAGAAGCAGAAGAAGAGAAAAAACGAAUUACGAAUUUUAAUUUUGAUGGAGAAAUAUAUACUUUUAAAGAAAGACCAUCAGUUAUUGAGGAAAAAGAAGGUAAAAUAGAAUUUAGAGUUGUAAAUAAUGAUAAUACAAGGGAAAAUUUAAUAGUUUUAACUGGUUUAAAAAACAUUUUCCAAAAGCAAUUACCCAAGAUGCCUAGAGAAUAUAUAUCAAGGUUAGUUUAUGAUCGAUCACAUUUAUCAAUGGCAGUCGUACGAAAACCUUUAACAGUUGUUGGUGGUAUAACUUAUCGACCUUUUAAUAAUCGAGAAUUUGCAGAAAUUGUAUUUUGUGCUAUAUCUUCAACUGAACAAGUUAGAGGUUAUGGUGCUCAUUUAAUGAAUCACCUAAAGGAUUAUGUGCGAGCUACUUCACCAAUAAAGUAUUUUUUAACUUAUGCUGAUAAUUAUGCUAUUGGUUAUUUUAAAAAACAAGGUUUUACAAAAGAAGUUACAUUAGAUAAGUCAGUAUGGAUGGGAUAUAUAAAAGAUUACGAAGGUGGUACACUAAUGCAAUGUUCAAUGCUACCGUCAAUUUUGAGAUACCUCGAUUCAGGUAAAAUCUUGUUGUUACAAAAGGCAGCUAUUGAAAGAAAAAUAAAAUCAAGAUCAAAAUCAAAUGUUGUUAGACCAGGUUUACAAAUUUUCAAGACAAAUAAAAAUGUUACAUUAAAUUACAAGGAUAUUCCAGGAUUAUCAGAAGCUGGUUGGUCAGAAGAAAUGGAUAAAUUAGCACAAAAACCCAAAAGAGGUCCUCAUUACAAUUUUAUGGUUACUUUAUUCUCAGAAUUACAAAAUCAUCCAUCAGCAUGGCCCUUUGCCGUACCAGUUAAUAAAGAAGAAGUACCAGAUUAUUAUGAAGUCAUUAAGGAACCAAUGGAUUUAUCAACAAUGGAACUGAAAUUAGAGAAUGAUAAAUAUGAAUCAUUUGAUCAAUUUUUGUAUGAUUCAAGAUUAAUUUUUAAAAAUUGUAGAAGUUAUAAUGGUGAUACUACUACUUAUUUUAAAAAUGCUAAUAAAUUGGAAAAAUUUAUGAAUAAUAAAAUUAAAGAUAGUGCUGAAUAUUCACAUUAUUUAGAUUAA